AUGACUAUAGUUGGAUUAUUUGACGAGAUUGCUAUGAAUAUUAAUCAACUGAACGUAGUUGGAGUACAAGCUGAUUAAUUUAAAUUGCUUGUGCACUUUGUAAUGAUUUAAUAGUAUGUAUUUAGUUGCUUGUUUUUCCAUUGGGAAUUAUAUUACGAUACUUGAAAAGUCCGAUUAUAAGAAAAAUUUAUACAUUAUUUUGGGGACUAUUCUUUAUGUUGUACUUGGGAGCUUAAUGGAUAGAGUUGGUUAUGGCAUAGACACUUGUCAUAUAUUUUUUGAGAUUACUGAGAAGACCAUUCAUCCCCAUAGCAUCAAUCAGCUUUCUCGUUUUAGGCUACUUACAUUACGACCGCAUCAUGGUUAAUGGCAAACUAUCAGUAGAACGCAGACUCGUCUUGGAAGAUGGGAUUUAACGUAGUGCAGAUGAUGUUGACAUGUCGAUUCGUAUACGUGGGAGUUGCUGCUUAAGAUCGAAUAUCCUUUACAUUUCUCGAUUAUAUGAGUUAUGUAUUCUAUUUCCCUAACAUCAUUGUUGGCACAGUUCCUUUUACAGCCUAUAUUGAUUUUAUCAAUUUAAAAGGAGUCUAUGUAAACAUGGGUUAUAGUUUUUAAAUGGCUUACAAGUCCCUUUUAAAAGCUAUUCUGUUUGUAGCAGGUAUGAAUAUAUAUAAUAUUGAUUAGCUGAUCAAUUAAUUAGACCAAAGUUCAGUUUUGCUUAUUUUAGUACUCAGUAAUGGGAAGAGCAUUCCCUUUUGACUCGUCAUAUUAUAUGUUAAUUGAUUUCAUGUUGCGAGAGGUUUAAAUACUUUCUUGCAUUUAACUUCUCUUAGGCAUCAAUGGAUGCAGGAGGAAUAACUUAUGAUGGAUAAGGUAUAUAUUAUGAUAGAUAAUAUAAUUAGAAUUUUGUAAUUAUCGUUUGGCUAAUUAUAAAUUUGAGAUAGAAUUUUCACCUAUAAAAAGAACAAAACAUUGGAAUUCAAGUGUUUAAGCAUGGUUGCAAACAUGUUUUUAUGAUAGAUACAAGUAACACAAAUCAGCUUUGCUUCUUACUUUUGUUUUAAGUGCUUAUUGGUAUAAUUAUUAUUAUAUUAUAAAGGCAUGGAUUCUUUAUUGCUUAUUAUGUAUUUUUUAUAGAAUGGGCAAUUUUUAAUGAAAUUACAAAAUAAGUUUAUAGAGCAAAAGAUAAAUUCAAAUUGUAUAUACUAAUAUAUUAUGUUAUAAGUAUUCCAAUACCAAUUCAGAAAGUCAUUUGUGCUAUUUAUGGUCAAUUGGCUGUAAAUUCAACUGCAACACCAAUAGGAUUAUUAAAAUGGGAUAAAGUAUAUAAAGCAAUGAAUGAUCUUGGAUGGGUUGCUUAAAUAGUCAUGAUUGUAGUUUGGGGAUUUUUUAAGAUUACCAAAUUUGGAUAAGGUAAAAGGAAAGAGUAAUGAGAAUACAAAUUUAUAGAUAUUAAAUUUAAUUUAUUGAAUGUCUCGUAUAUUCGAACGAGUGGAUAGAGAGACUUUGUUAAGAGAUGAAUAAUUAAUAGAUGUAUUACGCAAGAUUAGGGAAAAAGUAUUAUCAGGACAUAUCGUAGAGCUGAAGACACUAAGUAGUGAAGUAAGGCCUCACAAUGUCAAAAUAGAUAGACAGAAUGUCUCGAGAUGAAAAACAAUUAGUUCCCAUUACUGGUAGAACAGAACUAGAUGGACUAAUCACAAACUCGGAGCGAGAGAACGGUGCAUUUCUUGAUUAAUCUUUUUCUAAGAAGAUUCAAGGUCCCCUUAAUACGCUGGCUUAAUUAAAUUAGCAUUAAUACUCUUAAAGUGAAUCUGAUUUCUCUCAUCAAUCAUUUUAUAGUGAUGAAGAACCAUGGAAUAUUGAUUAUAUCACUAAUAAUCUAGACUCUGUAGAACGAGGUUUGAAUUGCGAUAAUUCCUCUAGUGUCGUUAUUGCUCUUAAAGCAUUAUUUGAAUAAAUCCGAUUAUUAUUAAUCAAGAAUGUUAGUAGAAAAUAAUUUCUAUACAAAUAUACUGUAUUGGCAUUACGUUCAUUAUACAUCUUAGGAAAUGCAAUGAAACUUUAAGGUGAUUAUUAACAUGCAAUUUUAUAUUAUGAAAAUUGCUUAACUAAGUUUAAUAUUAAUGAACCAACUUUUAAGGGCAAACUAUUAAUUGAAGCAGGUAAAGUUUGUUUCAUUUCAAAAAACUUUUAGAAAUGUUAACAAUACUUUUAUGAUGCAUUAUUACAUUAUGAAUAACUUAAUUGGCGUCUUGACAUUGCCUAUGUUCUAACAUAGCUAUCAAGAUUAAAUGGAUGGUUGAGUAAUUAUGUGCAAUAAUUUAAGAAAAUCCGGAUGCAGCCAGUAAAUUGUGUUAUGAAAGCUUAGCUAUAUAUCGAGAUUAUCUACCUGAAGAGGAUGAACGUAUUGCUGAUACAUAUUUCAUAUUAGCUGAAUUAGCAUAUCUACGUAAAGAUUAUGAUGCAGCAUUUUAAUUUGCUGAAUAAUCUAUUCAAAUUUAUGAAAUCAAUAAUAAUAAGGAAAUUAAUACAAAUAAAGAAUCAAAUGGUACUCCUUAAGAAUUAAAACCAUAAUUAUCUCUUGUCUAUAAUUUAUUAGGUAUAUUAUAUGCUAAUACAAAUGAUUACAAAUAAGCAUAAAAAUAUUUCCAUGAUGCCUUUUAAUGUGUAAAAUAGGAAUCACUGAAAGCAGCAUAAAUAUUAAUGAAUUGGGGAAUUAUGUAAGCAUUAGAAUGUAAUUCUGAAUUGGCAUAAAAAGGAAUUUUGAAAGCUAAAUAAAUAUCUUAAGCUUUCUAAAACAAAAGUGAUUUGUCCCAUAGAUUAGAAAGGAAUUACUAAGAAUUAUUAUAAUGA